CCCAAACCCUACCUACCUGCUCUCCCUUCCGCUCCUCACCUAUUCUCUUAAUCUCUCUUACUGUAUAACAUCCCACCCCUCUGUCUUACCAAGAUUUUUGUUAUGUUUCUUGAUUUUAUUCUUCUUCCUCUCUCAUGAGCCGGAUAAAUAUAGUCACUUGUAUAAAGAGUGUUUCUGGACUACACUUGGUCCGAAAUUUUACACUGUACCUCUAGAUUUGCUUACCGACUUAAUUGGCGUAGAGAGUAUAUGUAAUGGGGAAGAAGAAGCAGAAGCAGAAAAUAGUACUGCCGCCUGAGCUCCCAACGGAGGUUCCGGAGGAUGAAAUCCAAGUAUCUGACGAGGACUUACAGUUCGUUAACGAGAAUCGUGAAUAUGCUGGCUUCGUCUCCAAGUUGGACACUCAAUCAAUUACUAGGCAUGUUACUCGUGUUGCGGAUGUGAAAGAAGAUGCAUUGGAGGCUUUGUAUGAAAGACGGUUAAGGAAGAAGUUAUUAGACAAAGAAAAGGAGGAAAAUGUGCUUGAAGUUGAUCCUGUGGAUGCCCUUCCUGUUAAGACCUUAGAUGGAAAACUUUACUACAAGACAGUGCCCAAGGAAUCAAAGAAAUCUGGAAGUGCAUCAGAUGAGGUUGAAGCCACUGGUGAAAAUGUAGAUGAUGGUGCAGAUGAAAGUGUGGUGAAGUUGACUAAGGUUGAAAAGAGGGCAAAGCUUAAGAAGAUGAAGAAAGUAGCAAAGAAACAACUGAAUAACGUGGCCGAAGUAGAGGAAGUGCAGCAAACCACGCAAGCUCAAGUGCUGGUUGAGGUGGAAAAAGAUCUUACAGCUGAAGAAACCCUUGAAAAAAAGAAGUAUAGACUUGCAGAGCUGGGAACGGAACUGCUUAUGGAUCCGGAAUCAAAUAUUAAAUCUCUAAGGGAUAUGCUGCAAAUUUCUAAAGACGGAGAUUAUGCUAUAGUCACACUUGGCCUGAAGUCUUUGUUGGCUGUUUUUAACGACAUCAUUCCUGGGUGAGGAAGUUGCUCCCAUUCCAUAGUGCUGUGCUUUUGCUAUGUCAUUACGAAUACUUUGCUGUUCUGUUUGCUGACAUUUCAAAUCUUAUCAUUCUGUUUCUUUUCCUUCUCAAUACCUACAACAGAUAUCGUAUCAGGC